AUGUCUGAGGCGCGGGAUCCGGCCAUAAAGCUCUUCGGCAGGACGAUUCCUCUGCCGGAGAGCCGGUCCGUGGAGAACUCCGACUUUUAUCCCAUGGACGAGGCGGGCGAGGAGCUUAAGGUGAGGGUCGCCGCUCUUCCUCCCUUCGAAGCUGUCUGUCCAUCUCUCUCGCUGAGAGGGGUAGCACAAGUGGAAGAAUGCCCGUCUCUCUUGCGGAGAAUUUCCAUUCCCUUGCUUCGUGCUGACUUACGGGGACUUCAUUCACUUGUGGAUUCCAGUCAUUUUUUUCUUGAUUGCCUCUGCUAGGGAGGUUUCUGUCGUUUUUUGAUCUAUGAACAGAAUCGGCAGCUUCUAGGCCGUCGCCUUUCUGCUUUUUCUGAUUAUUCGGUUUAAAAUUUUAUAUUUAUUUUGGUUAAUUCCAACCGUACCUCUUAAUCCACUGCUAGGAGGAUGAAACCCAUAUUUUUUCCUUUUUUUUUUCUCCCUUGUUUUAUUUGUGUUGACGCUUAUGGAUUUCGUCGAUCUUAUCCGAUUGACCUCCAAACCAGUGCAUAGAAUGGGUGAAGUGCCCCUCGGAUUUCGGACGAUACAAUUUACUUCUGGCGGUGUUCGUAAGAUGCCGGCGUCGUCUUCUCGAAUUAAAUCUUCUUAAGAGAUGAUAUCACAGCACUUUGAGCCUGUGAUCGUAAUCUUCACUCUCUUGGCCAUUUGGGAUAGUGGAAGAAGAAGAUUCUCUGGUCUGAUGGAGUACAGGUUUGUGUGUUUCCUCGAUUAAGAAAAUUAUUUGCUAAUUAUGACGUGAUUUGACGAAAACGUCCCCAAAGAAAGCUGAGUUUCCUUGGAUCUUGAAACACUGUGCAUAAUCUGAGAACCUUACGACGAAUCAGUCGUAGAGAAUUCCUGAUAUUCCUGAAAAGAAUUUAUUUUAAAUAAUGUUUCAAGGUGCCCUUGUCGCAGAAACCCUCUCUGAUAACUAAUUAUGUGUUUUUUCAUCUUGAAUCGCAGGAUUCGAGUGGAGAGAUAUCACGUUCCAGAUCCGAUCCCCCAUCCUUGGAAAGAUUGCAGGGAGCAGAGCGGGUUGAGCUGGAUGCAUGUUCAGGUUCAUGCAGUGCCGAUGAGAAUUCUGACUGCCAAAGCACCAAACAAGGGGAUAGAUCAGCUAGCGACCCAAAAACCAAGCAGUUAAAGAACGAGCCAGAUGGCUCCAACCAGCAGAAGGUGCUGAAGAAGCCGGACAAGCUUCUCCCCUGCCCACGAUGCAACAGUUUGGACACAAAGUUCUGCUACUACAACAAUUACAACGUCAACCAGCCAAGGCACUUCUGCAAGAACUGCCAAAGAUACUGGACGGCUGGAGGGACAAUGAGGAAUGUACCUGUAGGCGCUGGAAGAAGGAAGAAUAAGCACUCUGCAUCACACUGCCGCCACCUGCUGAUGCCCUCUGAAGCAGCUCCAUCCCCUCAAGCUGAUCACCCGAAUUCGGCUCAUAAUCAACCUACUGCUGGCUCUCUGAUGGGGAGCAGAACCGUGCUGAAGUUUGGAGCGGACGCGCCCCUCUGCGAGUCCAUGGCCUCUGUACUUCAUCUUGGAGACCAGAAGAGAAAUCCCAAGAUGGGUUCUUCCCAGUGCGACGAAAAUGGGGACGAACCACCUUCAUCAGCGAGUUCUCUGGUGGCGUCCUGUGCGGUGGAAGAUAAAUUCCCUGAUAAUUCAGAUCACAUGGACCAGGGUGGUGUACAGAGCUGUUCCAACGAGCCCACGCCAUUGCCCCAUCCGGAGUGCUUCCCAGGCCAGCCUUGGGCUUAUCCCUGGACCCCAGGGUGGACUGGAUUUGCUCUGCCGGCGGGUCAACAUCCUUCUAAACCAUUGCAGGAACAUGAUAAUGGUAACGGGAAUCCAGUCUCGUGGAAUUCCCAUAUGAUGAUGGCCUCCCCUGCCUUCUGCGGGCCAGCUAUCCGGCUCCCUUUUGUGCCGGCCUCCUUCUGGGGCUAUAAGCCCAACUGGCCCAAUGAAACAUGGAGCAUGCCAUGGAUUGGAUCCGGCGGAGUAUUGCCGUCUCCCCCUUCCACCGGCAGUGGGUGCUCAGGAAGCGUGUCUCCCACACUGGGAAAGCACUGCAGGGAUUCGAGCUUACUGGUGGAAGAGAAGACGGAGAAAUCUCUAUGGAUCCCAAAGACACUGAGGAUCGAUGACCCAGAUGAGGCUGCUAAGAGUUCUAUAUGGGCAACGCUCGGCAUCAAACCUGACCCCGAUGAGUCGAUGAAGGAAUCUGGGAUCUUCAAAGGCUUCCAGCCCAACAAGAUAGAAGGCAGAGAUAUUCAUCUAGGGAGAAAACAGGUCCUGCACCUGAACCCUGCCGCUCUCUCUCGUUCCCAGACAUUCCAGGAAAGCACAUAG